AAAUGGAUAAUGGCAUUUUACGUGUACUUAAAUUGAGUUUUGAUUGCUUACCUUCUUCAUCCUUGAAGCAGUGUUUUGCAUAUUGCUCAAUUUUUCCUAAGGAUUUUGAAAUUAAGAGGGAACACUUAAUUCAGCUUUGGAUGGCUGAAGGGUUUCUUCAAUCAUCUGAUGGAAGUUACACUGAGAUGGAAAUUAUAGGUGACAGGUUCUUUAAUGAAUUGUUAUUAAGUUCUUUGUUUCAAGAUGUGGAAAAGGAUGUGCAUGGGAAUAUUAAAACUUGCAAGAUGCAUGAUGUAAUUCAUGAUCUUGCCCUGUUUGUUUCAAAAGCUGAAACCUUGGUCUUAGAUGAGACUGGUCCCAUGAGCGACACUUCUCAUAUUCGACGUCUGAGCAUCAUUUCUACUGGGAUAGAGGUCCCAACUAUUUCAGAAGAUGUUGCUACAAAGUUGCGGUCUUUGUUUUCAAACGUUGAUGUUCUGCACAGAAUGUCAAAUGAACCUAAAAGCUUACGUGUCCUAAAUUUUCGAGGUGCUAAGGUUGAGAAAUUGCCAGCUUUUCUUGGCAAAUUGGAGCAUUUGAGAUACCUGGACAUCUCAAGAACUAAAAUAAAAAAAUUACCAAAAUCUUUCACUCAGCUCUACAAUUUGCAGACCUUAAGCAUUAUGGACUGCUGUCUUGAGAGGCUUCCCAAAGGAAUAACAAAACUAGUUAGCUUGAGACAUAUUUAUUUUAAUAAAGAAAAGCUUAUGCCAGUUAAAGUUGGGUGCUUACCCUGUCUUCAAACAUUGCCAUUCUUUUAUGUGAGCAUUGAAAGUGGACGCAAAGUUGAAGAACUUGGGUUCCUGAGCCAACUUAGAGGAGAAUUAGAAUUAUACAACCUUGAACAUGUAAAAGAGAAAGCAGAAGCCAUUAGAGCAAAGUUGCUAGAGAAGACUGAAGUUUAUAAGUUGGAAUUUUUGUGGAGCUACAGAAGGGAAGGUUACAGUAAUGACAAGGAAGUAUUGGAAGGCCUCAAGCCCUGCUCAAAUUUGAAAAGCUUAAAGAUUGUCAACUAUUGGGGAGACAACUUGCCUUCAUGGAUGCUUAUGAGUGUCCACGAUUUUGGAUAUUCGUUUCUCGAUAAUCUGGUUUUCUUGAAAUUGAUAAAAUGCAAGGAAUGCACAAAUAUUUCGGGUCUUGGGCAAUUGCGCAAUCUGCAAAUUCUUGAAAUAGAUGGAAUGGAGAAGGUGAAAUGCGUAUAUAAGAAUUUCUGUAACAGCAACAUAGAAAGCAGUAGCCAUGUUUGGAGUGAGGCUACCACUCUAUUCCCAUCAUUGAGGAGAUUCAGCUUGGAGAAUAUGAAUAGCCUGGAGGAAUGGGUACAAGGUGUAGGUCCAGGUAUAGAAGGAAGUGAAGAUGUGGUCUUGUUUCCUCAACUAGAAGAGUUGAUUGUUUUGAGCUGUCCUAAGUUGAAGAGUGUUCCGACACAUAGAGGGUUUACAUUUCUUCAGGCAUUUCAUGUUUGCUACUGUGAUGAAUUGAGUAGUUUAAGGGAUGGACUAUCUGUCUCCACUUUUGUGAAGGAAUUAAGAAUGUGGAAUUGUUGUAGUCUUAUCUCCGUUCCCAAAGAUAUAGGGGAAUUGCGAUCUCUUAUUUAUUUAGAAAUAUCUUUUUGUCCAAAAUUGACAAGCAUUCCAGAGGAGAUCUUAGGUAACCUCACCAGUCUGAAGGAAUUGAGAAUUGGAUUUUUCUCAGAAGAGCUAGAGGAAUUCCCAGGUCUCAGUUCGAUCCACCUUCUCUGUGCAUCCCUUGAAUGUCUGUACUUAUUUGGAUGGAAAAAGCUAAAGUCCCUGCCACCUCAACUACAACACCUUCUUGCCCUUAAAUCUUUUGUAAUAUGUUUCUUUGAUGGUAUGGAAUCCUUGCCAGAGUGGCUGGGAAACUUCUCAUCACUUCAGAAACUUCGAAUUGAAAAAUGUAACAGUCUGAUGCAUCUGCCCUCUAUGGAAGCCAUGCAAUGCCUCUCCAAAUUACAGGGACUUGAAAUUAAUAGGUGUCCCAUAUUGGCAGAAAGAUGCAUCAAGGAAAGCAGGCCUGAAUGGCCCAAGAUUGCUCACAUGCCAUACAUUCAAAUUAAUUGGCAACACAUUAAACAGUGACCAGCUUCGACUAAGUGCUAAUGUUAAUGUGGGAAGCUUGGCCAGAGUGCUCAAGGGAAUCUAUUUGCGGAGUUGGAAGCUUUUCCAGACUGCUGAAGAAGCCUCUCAUCUCUUCAAGAACUUGAAGUUAGGCUUUUUAAGAACCUAAUGCAUCUGCCUUUAGCAAAGGGCUAAAAUCUUUCCUCAAAUAAAAGAAGCUUGAACUUGUUUGGGAAUCCUCAAUUAAGAUAAAGAUGUCCCAAGGAGAGUGGUCUAAUCUUUCUUUCGGUAUAGACAUUGUAAACACUUCUGAUGAGACUAUCCAGUCCAAAGCUGUUUGAGAUUUUGAAUAAUUGUCAAUGUUUGAGAGAGUUUAUUUCAUUAUAAAGGGCUUGGAAUGACAUUAUCAUGUCUAGUUCUGAAAUCUACAUUCAAAUAAGGUUAUUUUCUAAUGCUAGAAGGCCCUUCCCGC